UCGAUGGUAAACAACCAGGACGUGCCUCCUGAAAUAUCGUGUUUAAUAGGCGACAUAUCGACACAAAGAGUGCACAAGCAGUCGCAGAUCCAUUUCUUGCCAGCUUCAGACAGGAGGACGUCACACACCGACAAAUGUGUAGACAGAGUGUUUAAAUGCGUGUGUACCGCCUCCUCGUUUUGCGUCAACUGCUAGUUGCGGUUGUUUUAAUAGCGCGUAGAGCGCAUUUACGGAUGUCCUCUGUUGAAGGCAUUGUUGUAGGCUUUGGAUCAUAACUGGCGCCGUACUGUCGCCGAGACAGGUUAUCCUGUCUGUGUCGUCUACAUUGACACGAAAUGUUUCGGCGGUUGAAACUGUUUCAGUGACGUGGUGGCGCGUAUAUCAUGUCACUGAAAUCUCAGGCUGAAGGUGAACAGCUGUGGUAGUACACUGUCACCACUCCGUGCCCAUAUUGCGCCGCUGGAACUCAGGGCAGCUUGCUCCGGACAAAGCUGAAAAACGGUCUCCCUUAGUUACCCAACAUGUCAACAUCGCGUCGUCCCUGCAGGGUCAGAAUGUUAAUAGCCGGACACACAGGUGAAACAGCCUACAACAUUCCAUCCUUCCCGUCGACACCGUCGACAACGCUACGCGGCGGUGGCCAAAGGCCACAGUGGCGUGCCCGACAUCGCUCCCCCACUAUUUGCUAACCGCCGAAAGCAUUAUCAAGAUUCCUCUAAACGACCCUAGCACGGUGGAAUGCUCACCGGCUGUACAGAGUCGGCCUUUCGUGGUUUGUUGAACGUCAAGGGUUGCGGCAUCAAGGCGAGGACUAGCAUUAUCUGUCGACACGACACAAAAUGAGCUCGGACAAGCGCUUGGUGCUGCGAAGACAACUGAUCCUUCAGGGUCCCCUGUAAGCGUUCAGGUGCUUCCUCCCCUCGGCAGCAGAUAACGGUAACAUGGUUUAAGUGAUGAGAGGUCGCGUGAGUUUCCGUGACAAGUUCCCUCACAGGGCAUAUCCAUUCAAAUUCCGCUUGAAAGCAAAUGAGGGGUGACGAAUCCUACAGCCAUCGCUGGAGUUCUUUCCUCAAGUCACAUGGUGCUCUGCGGGGCGCGUGCUUGUAAUCCAAUAGAUGUAGUCAGUGUGGGUCUAUUCAAAAAGCACUAGUUUCUCUGUGUUAACAAAGGUGAAACUGGGGAGAUCUUCCUCGUCUCAGGUCCAACUACUCAGCACCCUUGUGCUAAUCCACUUGGCGACCUCGCUUGUUCGUUCUUCAGUGCCAAUCUAGUGGCCAAGAUCAGCGACGGUGCACAGCGACCAGCUCGACCCAUAUUCAACUAGCGACGCGCUAGCUCGAGCCAGCGGCACGUCCUGUUGUCGGGAACUGCAAACGCCAAGGGAGCACCUUUCCCAGUCAGGGUACGCCUUCGGUUUUGUGUUUACACCGCAGCGGGCAGCAUGAGCAGCAAACCCGCUUACGGCACGGUACGAUGCACUUUUUGAUUGUCCUCUGUGCCCUCACUCUCCCCCACACUAAACGGUGGCUUCAUUUUUUCCAGUACAUUUGCCAGUUUUCGUGUACUACACAGAUAUCGACCAUGGGGCGUCAGCAAGCAUCCUUUGCGUCGCGGAUCAUGUUGUGGCGUGGCUUCCUCAUUGUGGUCACCUCUUUAACCGUGCUUGUUGCUGUCACUGACACAAGUGCAUCUGCGGCAUUCAUGGCGGACGAACCACGUUCUGCUAGUCGCGAUCUCGCGAUCCCAGUCGGUGCACUUGAAAACGGUUCUACAGGUUUUAGUGACGGGGAUGGAAGCGCAAGGGCCUUUACAAGGGCAGCCGUCCACUCUAAACGAAAAAACAGGUGCGGCUGCUCCCUGACGAGAAAGCAGAAACUCGCUGUAGGCGUGGUCAUCUCGCUUGGAAUGCUUCUGGCGGGAUUUUUCAUAUACAAACGAGGAUUCGGGAGAAAGUACGCACUUGUCUACGUGAUACUGACACCGUACACAAAAUAAGUGGCUUUUGGGUAUCAUCUCUCUUUGUUGCUAUAUUUGAGGCCUGACGCUUCGCGCACUCGGUUGUGACAGUGGGGCAGGACGCCCCGCUUUCAGAAUUGUCACACUCGAUGCGCGGUAGGGGUCUUUUGGUGCUUUCCCGCCCGGAUUGAGAAACUGUCUAUGGCUGCGAUGUACCUGCUGCUGACAAUCAGGCCAGUGAGUCUUGAC